UUUGGCCGUUUUGAAAGAAUUGAAAGGUGUUUGUUUUGUUUACAGUUUCCCAAGUUAUGUCGUGUGAGCCGCAAGUGGUAGAACAUUUCUACGGAGUUUAUUUACUUUAUUGUAAAAACCCAAAGUACAGAGGUAGAACGUACAUCGGGUACACGGUUAAUCCUAGUAGAAGAAUAAAACAACACAAUGCAGGAAAGGAAUUUGGCGGAGCUUGGAGAACCAGCAAUCGCGGACCAUGGGUGAUGGUACUAACAGUUCACGGGUUUCCCAACUCAACUGCAGCCUUGCGGUUCGAGUGGGCCUGGCAGCACCCGGAGCUGAGUCGUCGUUUGAAGCACGUGCCGAAGAAAAAGACUCGACAGAAAACCAUCGACUACAAUCUCUUCGUGCUCUCGGAGAUGCUCAAAGUUGGCCCGUGGUCUCGACUACCGCUCACCUUGCGUUGGGUGGACGACGACUUCGGCCAGUCCCACUCGACCCAGGUCAGUCCGCCCUUGCACAUGCCCAUCGUUUACGGGAAGGUCGUGUCGAAAAAGCCCGAAGGCGCCUCAAAUAAGACAGACGAGUCGGAGAAAGCGAAAAACCGUGGAAAAGAAAAUGAAAUCGAUAACGAUGCGGAGGAGUCGGUCUGUUCGAUUUGCUCGACGUGGGUUGAUAAGGGCGAUCGAAUCACUUGUAUAAAGUUGAGUUGCCGGCUGGUUUCGCAUCUCGUUUGCUUGGCCGAGUCUUUCACAGGUGGGACCGGUAUGAUUUUGCCGGUCGAGGGGUCGUGUCCACUUUGCCACAGCGAGGUGCUAUGGGGGGAUCUGAUUAGAAAAAAAAUCGGGUGCAAUAUGCACUACAACGGAGAGGAGGACGACGAUGAGUCCGACUAUGGUGACUAUUCCGAUUGAGUUGAAAACUUGUGUGUUUACUUACAAUUCGUACUUUUUUACGUCUCCAAGACGGUAUUUAUUUAUUUUUUAUCAAAGUGUUUUUUUGGUGCAAUUUUAAUUUUU